AUGGGUCUAACAGGCCAGUUUUGUGAGAUGAACGUUGAUGACUGUGAAGAAAACCCAUGUGGAGUCCUGAGCAUUUGUAAAGAUGCUCUGAAUGGCUACAGUUGUUUCUGUGCACCCGGAUUUAUUGGAAAUAACUGCGAGAUUGAAGUGAAUGAAUGUCUCAGUCAGCCUUGUCAAAAUGGAGGCUCCUGCAUUGAUGAGCUCAACUCAUUCAGCUGCCAGUGUCCUCUUGGAAUCACAGGGGAUUACUGUGAAGUCAACAUAGAUGAGUGCAUAUCCUCACCCUGCCUGCACAAUGCCACCUGUGUUGACCUUGUUCAUGGCUAUGGAUGUGUCUGCAUGCCUGGUUUUACAGGCACAACAUGUGAACUUGACAUUGACGAGUGUGCUUCAUCUCCCUGCAAGAAUGGAGCCACUUGCAUUGACCAGCCUGGUAAUUACUUCUGCCAAUGUGUGGCUCCAUUUAAAGAAAUUAUCAGAGGUCAUAACUGUGAGUUCUUGCCCUGUGAGGCCAGUAAUCCGUGCGAGAAUGGUGCAGUGUGUGUGGAGGAGUUGGAUCAGGACCGUUUCCCUUUGGGUUUCCGCUGUCACUGUCGCCGGGGCUUCUCUGGCCCCCGCUGUGAAAUCAAUGUGGAUGAGUGCAGCUCCAGCCCCUGUUUUCACGGUUUCUGCUAUGAUGUUGUAGAUGGCUUUUACUGCCUUUGCAAUCCUGGUUAUGCUGGACUGAGAUGUGAGCAAGACAUUGAUGACUGCAUGAACAAAUUGUGUAGUCCCAACUCAGUAUGUAAGGACCUCCAUCUGAGUUAUGAGUGUGUGUGUCACUCCGGCUGGGAGGGGGAGUUCUGCCAACAAGAAAUUGAUGAAUGUUUAUCACAGCCCUGCAAAAACAACGCCACCUGCACAGACCUUCUCAACAGCUACAAGUGUUUGUGCUCACCAGGCUGGACAGGUGUGGACUGCACAGAGGAUGUGAAUGAGUGUGAUUCUAGACCCUGUCUAAAUGGAGCUCAGUGUCAGGAGUCAAAUAUACCUGGGGAGUUCUCCUGCACCUGUCCCCCCUUCUUCAGUGGCCCCUUGUGCAACCAGCCUUAUGACCCCUGCGACCUCCUCCACAAUCCCUGCCUGAACAAUUCCACCUGCCUGACACGCUCCAAUGGAACAGCCUUCUGCAGAUGCCCAGCUGGAUUUGAAGGAAGUUGGUGUGAAAUUGACACCAAUGAGUGUAGCUCAAAUCCAUGCCAAAACCAGGGUGACUGUUUGGACUGGGUCAACAGUUACAGCUGUGAUUGUAAAAACGGAUUUUCUGGCCUUCACUGCGAGGAAGACAUCAAUGAGUGCGCCUCUAGUCCUUGCCACAACACCGGCGUUUGUCAAGACCUUGUGAACGAGUUCCGCUGCAUUUGCCCUCCUGGUUAUUUUGGAACGCUGUGUGACCUGGAUGUGAAUGAGUGUGAAGUUUCACCUUGCCUACAUGAGGGCAUCUGUAUCAACACGCCCGGAGGCUUCAAAUGUGUCUGUCGCCCUGGAUACUCAGGGGCAAGGUGUGAUGUGAACAUCGAUGAGUGUGUUUCAAACCCGUGCCAAAAUAGUGGGAGAUGUGUUGAUGCACCUAAUCGAUACGACUGCUUGUGUCCUCAUGGCUUCACUGGGCUCCACUGUGAAACCAACAUUGAUGAA